GGGAAAACAAAACUACGAGGUUGACCGCAUCUUUUUGUUUAUGAAGUGACAUGGGACUACAAGUACUACACGAACUGGCAUCAGUUCCUUCCUUACCCGCUCUCCGCCGCUUUCUUUUCAUUGAUUGGCCUUCAUUUUCUUUCCGUCUUUCUGACGCUGUUCUUGAUCAAUCAUCAUCGUUGGUUUUCCAUCUACUAUACCCAAGGUACAUAUCCCUUCCUACUUUGAGGUCAUCCCGAGUCUAUCUCGUUUCCCUCAAAUCUCCUACGACUUAUCACUCAACUACCUGGCCUUCAUUAAGAAACAACACCGUGGUAAUGCCCCUUCUUGUUUCUUCCCACGGAUACUAGACUUUCCUCACCUCCAAACCUGCUCUCCACGGCAAUCCUUGCCCUGCUCCCCUUACCCAGAGCCCUGUCUUUUUACCGGCUCCAACCCUUUCCGGCAGGGAACCCAGCUCAAGGGGACACACUUACCUAAGGUAGUGCACACUACCUGCCUACACAGUAUCUUACUGCGGUACAGAUACUAGCAUCCGUACGGAUAGUGUGGGUAGUCGGGCUUCACCGUGCCAUCACCGCCCACCACGCACAGCUACGCCUCGCGGAGCCAAUCUCACCCGGCCGCCCUCUGCGCCUCCGUCCUCCGUCUCCGUGCCAAGCUGGCACUGCCUCCGAACCACGACGCAUCGCUUCCUCUUCCACCGCAUAACCUGGCAAAGGCCCCAUUUCAAUACCUCCCGGCCUUCGAUCUACUGUUUUACCGCGAACUUGACUCUUCUAUUCUCGAUUUUCAGACCCGAAUUCUUGGGACUACACACACUACCGACCUAUCUCACCUACUCACCUCUCAACCGACUUCUCUACACCAAAGCUAUUCCACUUUCUUGUUCUUGUCCCAUCCCAUAUCCGCUUCGGUAAUAGAGCUGCUUUUCACCCCCAAACUAAAGCUCAACAACCUUAAACUCACAUCAUAUCUCAACCCUCGUACUCGUCUCCAGAUACAGUCUUUCUGCACAUGGGGUCCAAUACCCGCAUCUAAAGAGAGAACCUCCUCCCCCCGCCCACCAACACAUCUAUUCUCCUCUCUCUUCCCUCAACCAUGUCAAAACGCACAACCUUCACCACAAUCUCCCCUCUACCCCCCGGCAUCACCCGCGAUGCCGUCCUCGACUUCCUCCACAACCACCUCGAGAUGAUCGACCUCAACCCCCUCAUCAAAGAACGCCACCUCAUCCCGCCGCCACCCAACGCGCCCCCCGAAGAGCACGCCUGCGCGUGGUACUCCCUCACCGACGAAAUCUCCUACCUGCCCGGCGGCCUGGCCACGGGAAACGUCAGCUACACAUGCUGCUUCCACGACCUGCCCACCGGUCUGCAGACCCACUGCUACGCGCCCAUGGGCCUCGAGAUCCGCGACAAGUGGACCGUCGCCGGCUCCCUGCCGGGCGAGCCCGUCGAGCCCGUCGAGCUCGGCAUCGGCGCCCCGCUCACGGGGCUCUACAUCCGCGAGGACGUCGACAUGCGCUGCAACGUCUUCACCUCGAGCUUCGUCAAGAAGACGCUCAAGAAGAGCCACGGCUUGCUGGUCGACCGCUUAAAGACAAAGGUCCACCGCACCGUCGUCGCCGCCGCGCAUCAGCGGCACGGCAGUCAGAACUCACUACCGGGGUCGGUCAGGUCCGGCUCAAGCGGGCACAGCGCAGCGCAGCUGCAGCAUCAACAAACGUACCCGAACCCGGCUUACACGAACGGCAACGCCCUCGGCAACGCCCUCGGCAACCAGAUCAGUCUCCCGUAUAGACCUUCAUAUCCCAAUACCAACAACAACCCCGUAACCGCACCAACACCAGCGCCGACGCCCCCGGCCAGCGACGGCUCCCAGUCCUCGCAAAACGCGUACCCGGAACCCCUCCGUGUCCGCCGCACCACUAACCAAACCGGCUCGACGUUUUCUCAUCAACACCAACAUCAACAUCAGCAGAAGCCGUCGUGGCCGGAUAUCAAAUCGCAACCGUCCGCCGCCAACGGGUACGCGCACGCCAACUUCUUGUCCGGUCAUAACAAGGCCUACGACACGAAACCUUUGCCUCCGUCGCCGUACGCGGGUGGGAGAGCGGGAGGUGCCGGCGGUGAUGAUUUUGGUCAGCAGCAGCACCAGCGGAAUGGGUGUCAGCAGAACAGUGGCGCAACGCUGCAAGGGCCCUUUGUCGCUGAGCUGGAGUGAGUGAGAUUUCGGGAGUGAGCGGUGGCGGAGUGUGCCCUUUGUGUCACAGUCUUUUGUUUCCCGUCGUUUCGGCCUAAGGGUCUUUUUUGUGUUGGUUAUAUAAACUCGAUACCCCAUAUCUUAUUAUUCAUUUUUGGCAAUUUAUCAAAGACACAUAUACUAGUACAUGAGAACUUCCUUCGUUGUAAGUGGGAUCUGGAUGUCUUGUGUAGUACGGGUGAGG